AUGCUGUCGCACCCUUCCUGGGUCUUUCCGACCGUAGCGGCCUCAACCUGGCUAGCUAUGCUGCUGGCUAUGUUGGGCCACUGGACAAUGAUCGGUGAACCGCGAUAUGGCCUCAUGAAACCCGGCCAAAAUAUACCAUUCAUUUCAGAUAUCGGAGCUCAAGAACUCAAGCCUUUGUUCAUGAUCGGAUGCAUCACAACAGUCAUCCUCCUCAACCUCUCUUUCUAUCAAUUUGUCCAAAACAAGGGAUAUAUCAGCAAGAUUUGCACGCACGGAUCAUUCCUGUUCACAAUCAUUGGAAGCAUAGGCCUGAUCAUGCUGUCUGUACUCGAUAAUAUCGCCCAUCAUUUCAUGCACGAUGUCUGUGUAACAAUAUUCAUUGUGGGGUACCUCGUCAGUGCAGCCCUGAUGUGUCUGGAUUAUAUCUAUCUUGGCAUAGCACAUGCUCUUCGCGAGCCAAUGCUUAUGACAAGUCUUGUCAUCAAAAUAUCGUUCAUUGUCAUCGAACUCACUCUCAUUAUCGUCUUCCGGAUCACGGAACACACCCACUACAACCACAACAAUAUGGCGGCAACUCUUGAAUGGGUCAUCGCCUUUGUCUUCACCGGCUAUAUUCUCUCUUUAAUCGUUGACCAAUUACCCUCCUCUCAAAGGAACCUUCACAACCCUAAGGGUUAUCAACAACUCGAAAUGGCUACAAGUAUGAGCUUGCCUUAA